UAGACUCCGGCUCCGGCUCCCAGGGACCCCGAAUGGGGCAAGCGGUGUGUAAUCGACUCCUUUAACCCCCUCAAAUGAAUGCGUUCUACUCUGUAAAUCCAGUUACGUCAUCACCAGCCGACCAGGAAAAACAAAUCGUUGCGCUGAACAUUACGUCAUCAAAACACGACAGUGAUCAACGCAUGGAGUCCUCUGCGUUCACGUGGUUUCUGUGUCUGUCAGCUAACUCGCUCUGACUUUGUAAACAUCGCGUAUAAAGAUGUACUUUUUAAACAGAAGUCUGAUGGCACGCGGCCAUACUCGUGAUCGUUGUUUAGCCAACCGUCGCUUGUUGUGAUAUUAAUUCCUCGCCGGCUUACUACUCCUGAGUGUCAUCUUUUCGCAGUCAGUUGAAUAAUAAAUUAUUCAAUUAUUAAAUAAUUGUGGAAGAGAUGGCGUUGUUCCACAUAAGCAGGUACCUUGGUGAUGAAGACGUUGAUGACCGGUGCUCCAGCGAGUCGCGGUCGAAGGCUCUGCUGGCCAAGCUACAGGAGCAGGCCAGGGCCAGGGAGCAGCAGCAGCAGCAGAGCUCUGUCCUUCAGCAGGACCAGAGCCCCAGCCCCGGCAUCCCCCCCAAGAAGACGAAGAAGAGCAGGCAGGAGGAGGAUGAGGAUGUUGAAAAGCAGGAACCCACAAAGAAGAGGAAGGAAGAGGUGAACUGGGAAGUGCCACUAAAAACUCAUUCACAGGACACAUCAGACCACAGUUCGGGUAACCGCAGCUUGACAAGCAAGAAGAGGAAGAACAAAGAACCCAGAACAGAACAGCCUGGAUCAGUGGAACUCAAUGAAAGUGUGCCAAAGAGGAAACUGAAACUUCCACAGCAUGGAGCUGAUGAUCUGGGGGGUGGUGAGGAGGAAGAGUCACAGCAUGAAGAUGAUUGCCCAGAAGAAGCCAUGGAACAAGCUGAACAUUCGAGGCAGAAUUCUGAGCAGAAAACUUCUGAUCCUGGUUUCACCAUUCUGGGAGGGUUUGAGAGCAAACCAGCACAGAAGGUCCAGAUGGUUCUGCCCCAGUGGCUUGCACAGCCGGAUGUGGUCCAGAGGGAUAUUAACAAGAACCUGGUCCCGAUUGGACAAGUGCCAGGGAUAUGCCCUCAGCUACUGGCUAAGCUGGAGAGCAAUGGGAUUCUACAUUUCUUCCCAGUGCAAGCGGAGGUGAUCCCUGCCAUCCUGGAAGGUGUUGGCCAAGGGUUGCUAGUGGGACGUGGUGGUUACAAGCCCAGGGACAUCUGUGUAUCUGCCCCCACUGGGAGUGGCAAGACACUGGCAUUCGUCAUCCCAAUUGUCCAGGCUUUGCUGAAGAGGGUGGUGUGUGAAGUUCGGGCCCUGGUGGUGCUGCCCACCAAAGAGCUGGCACAGCAGGUGGGGAAGGUCUUCCACUGCUACACAGAUGGCACUGGUUUGAAAGUGGGCAUGCUCACAGGUCAGAGGUCACUGUCGGCAGAGCAGGCCUCACUCUUGGAGAGCAGUGCUCGUGGUUGGUGCAGUUUGGCAGACAUUGUCGUGGCGACACCGGGGAGGCUCGUCGACCAUAUCAACAUGACCGAAGGCUUCAAUCUCCAGAAUCUGCGCUUUCUUGUAAUCGACGAGGCAGACCGGAUGAUCGAUAGCAUGCACCAGGCUUGGCUCAAUCAGCUGACCAAGGCAGUUUACAGUGGUUCAGACAUGGCCUCCAUCUUCAGAAGAGCAGAGCCUGGGCCGAUCACAGCAGCAAGCCACCUGCAGCCUCAGAUGCCCCUCCAGAAGCUCCUGUUCUCAGCCACUCUCACCCACAACCCAGAGAAGCUACAGCGGCUGGGCCUCCACCAGCCCCGCCUGUUCAGCUCCAUUCACAGCCGCCCAGGUGACCUGGAUGCAGGGCCCCAGGAGCGGUUCAUCUUCCCCGAGGGCCUAACGGAGUACUAUGUCUCCUGCACCCUGAGCAAGAAGCCCCUCCUCAUUCUCCACCUCAUCCUGCGCCUCAAGUUUAGCCCCAUCCUGUGCUUCACCAACUCCAGGGAGGCAGCACACAGGCUGCACCUGCUGGUAAAGCUCUUUGGGGGGGUUCAGGUGGCAGAGUUCUCCUCACAGCUCAGUGCCAGUGAAAGGAAGAGAGCUCUGAAGGACUUUGAACAAGGCAAAAUCCAACUGUUAAUCAGCACAGACGCUGCAGCCCGAGGCAUCGACAUUGAGGGCGUGAAGUGUGUCGUGAACUAUGAUGCACCGCAGUUCAUCCGGACUUACAUUCACAGGGUGGGCAGAACUGCCAGGGCGGGCAAAGCGGGACUGGCCUUCACCUUCCUGCUGGGAGUUCAGGAGAAGUUGUUCCUGCAGAUGCUCAAAGAUGCUGGGAGUCCAGGAAUUCAAAAGCAGAUUAUUAAGGCUGAAAACUUGAAGACGCUGGAAGCUCAUUAUGAGAAGGUGCUGCUGGAGCUCAAGAAGGUCACCAAGGAGGAAAAAGCUAAAAAGCAGCGCAUCUAGAUGAAGCAGCAAGUCAAAUGAGUAAUGGAAGAGUGAAAAGAAUAUCAAGCCAUGUACCCUUUACCCAAUAUUUUGUAUUUUUCUUGGCAGUGUUGUAAAUUGUA